AUGCCCUGGACAGAGCAGGCCAUCACCAAUCUUGGUGCUCUAAAAAGUUCCUGUUACAUCAUGAAGGAGUCGUCCCCAGCCCUAGUCCACACUCAGCUUAUUCCCACCGAUCUUAUGCCAGACAAGGCUGUGUGGAUGAUGAGGUGCGUAAUAGAGCAUUUCUCUGUCGCUUCUUCGCCCUUUCUAGUGGAUAUAAAAACAGUAGCCGCACCCUAUGCUGGGGUUAUCAAGUUCCGGGAAAAAUGGUAUGUUGGAACCUCUCUUCGCUCUGUUCUUCAGACCCAGGUCGCGUCUGGUACCAGGUUUUCGGAAUCCACUAUCUGGAGACUUGCGUAUGGAAUACUGAAGGCGUUGGCUUUUAUGCAUACACCAUCGUCGAGCGUGCAAAAGCUGACAGGACAGUACUGCUUUGUCCACGGCCAUAUUACCCCAGACACGGUUUUCCUUUCAACAAACCAGAUGCCGAGAAUAGGAAGCCUUCACUGUUGUACAUUAACUUCUUGCUGCCUCCCGAAUGCUGAGACAGGAGGAAGAUUCAAGCCUUAUCUGCCACUCGACAUAGAUAGUAGCAUUUUCCCUCCUCUCAUCACUCCCGGCUACGAGCCCCUUGUAGACAUAUGGAGCCUAGGGAUCUUGCUUUUGCAAGCUUGUGCUGUACCACGAGGUGAUCUUCGUUCCAAUUAUUCUGAAGAAAUAGCUGAUUUCAUCGACAAAUUACUCGUCGAGGAUGAUCGAAUUCGUCCCACUGCCACAGAAGCGUUGCAAAAUCCGAAGUUUACUGAGCUAGACACGGAGUACAUCUCGCGGGGAUCUAGUUACUCGGCGCACACGGAAGUGGAUUUUAAAGAAGUCUCCUCGGUGUCCGCCCCCUCUGCUAGCUCUGUUCCUGUCUCCGUUUCUGUCUUUGCUCCUACCUCAGUACCUGUUGUCGCCAGAGCCGCACCUUUGCCAUCAGAGAAAGACUCGGCUGCGCCACGGAACCCAUGCAUUGACCUUGCCAUCCCCGAUCAAGCUCUUCCUGGCUCGCUUGCCGACUUCACAAGCCUACAGAUAGGAGUGCUACUGAAGAAUGAGAAAAUAGUGAAGGCAAAUCUUUUUCUUUCAGGAAAGCAGACAGCCGCUGGAAUGUCUGCACUAAUGUUGGCAGCAAUCUAUAACCAGGCGGAGAUGGUCCAUCUUCUGCGGCCUGCUGAAACUGGCCUAGUAUGUAAAAACUCACACACUGCUUACUACUACUCUCUUGCUGCUGGAAACUUAGCAAUAGCGGAUUCCUUGUAUGGCGAUGAGUACCAGGUGGAAUGCGCAGCAAAUCCAGCGGCCUUUCCCUCUCAUCCUGGACUUACAGUGAUAGAAAGGAUGCAGCAUGCUGUGCAAGCGCAGAACCUUGUAGAUGUGCACUACCUUACCAUGACGGAAGUCACAGCAACGAAGCAUCACAUUCCUCUCAUGCACCAAGCAGUUGAGCUAAAUAAUUGGCAGCUUGUGCUCAUUCUUUCUCGGUUUGAGGCACAGAAGCGCGACAGCGUCGGAGAGACCUGCCUGCACAAGGCUGCUCGCUUAGGGUAUGCUAAGAUUGUAGAGAUCCUUGCCCCUUACGAAGCAAACAUAGCCUGCAGGGAUUCGACUAUUUCUGGCAGACUUCUCUUUGCAGUUGAUUUGGCAAUAGCAAACGGUCAUACUAUCUGCUUCGACAUUCUUAAGUUUUAUGAGCAUAAGGAAGAGUAUGCAAAGAAGGGGCUGUUCCUCAAGGACACCAAGAAGACCACUCCACUUAUUGCCGCCGUCUUAUCUAAGGAUAUCAAUAUCAUUCGUCUAAGAUGUCAAGAGAAUCAACUAAGCUAUGACGCUGAUGGCUAUACUGCUCUUAUGCACGCAGUUUUGACCAAUCAACUAUCUGCUGUAAUAUUGCUCAGAAAGGGAUCUAUGCAGAUCUGUCGAAGUCAGCAGCACGAAGGGCUUACCUCUCUCUGGCUGGCCUACCUCCAGGGCAACAGUGCUAUAGUUAGACUUCUUGCGCCGUACGAAGGAACACACCCUAAUCCAUAUCAGGUCAAGCCCUUCGUCGCUGCUUUGACAGAUGGAAGACUGCUGAUGGUUGUUGGACUGGAGGAUCAUUCUGAAUACGUUGCCCCUACAAGGGAGAUUCUUGAGCAAAAGGCUUCGGAGCUAUUUGGUCAAGGGCUGAUAGACUUAUCUCUAGAAACGUGUAGUACAUGCUCCCCCGAGACUAUGUUGUGCAUGGUCCUUAAAGACAAGAAGCUAUCGACUAGAUCUCACGACUCUGUUGCGAGCAUCUCUGACACAUCUGUAACAACUCGAUCAUUUUCCUGCUCAAGCACACGCAGCACCAGCGCAAACGGCUCUGCACCAAAUCUUCCUCUGAAGAGCAUGCACUAUCAAAUCACUAGUAAGUCGCGCCAAGUGUUGCUUCCCAAGUACACCUUUUCUAGAACAUCUGUUUCUGCUGAUUACCCUGACAACUCUCACGCAGCUCGAAGCCAAUCCACGUCCUCCACCAGGGUUGUAAGAGCAACAAUGGAUAACAUACGCCAUCUAAGUUUCGCAAACGAAGGAAUGAGCCACGAUUGUAGGCAUGAAAUCAAGUGCAUGCAGGUGAUUUAUAAUAUGCCUUCAUACGGUUCAUCAAUCCCGGUAGCAGCAUUAAAUAAUAAGCCUGCUCGACCUGCAGCACUUGGCAAGCCUAGCAAUCGGCAGCUGGCACACUGGUUCGAGCAGCAGCUGCUUUUCUCCGACACUAGUAGCAAUGAAGACUGCUAUUGGCCACUGGAGACAGGGGGGUCUAGCCCGAUGUCACGGUCGCCGUCCAAUUUAAUUCUUUCGCCCCUGACUGGGCACACUCUACAGCUCACUCAGAUUGACCCAAAGAUUACUAAUCUUAUGCUAGCGGUCCUGGCCAAUGACCCUCCGGCUGUCCUGUACUAUCGGGAUGAGCUUUGUCUGCAAUCUUCCAACGGAACUACUGCACUAAUGCUUGCGGUGGCCAUGAAUAGCCUUACAUUAGUUCGACUGCUUGUAGGGGAGAAGGGAAUUCGCAGACACGAUGGCCUCUGUGCCAGCAACUUUAUACGGAAAGAUGCGAUAGAGAUACGAGCUAUUCUUGCAGGCGAACAUAAGUGCUUUCGGGACCAGAAUGGCCGUACAGGCCUGAUGCAGAACAUCAUACAGAGCAUCUCAUACCCGCGCGCGAUUCUCACAUCUAUUCUACGAACACAGGAUGAUUCUGUUGUUUGUGCGUCUAGAGAGUCGAUGGGGCCGGUGACGGCUCUAGGAUUCGCAGCCUACCGGGGUGCUACACGCAUUGUCCAGAGUCUUUUGGGGAUCAAUGACUUCUACUCCAUUUCUCGCAACCACAGGACUCCCCUUAUGCUUGCCGCUAUAACAGGGCAUCUAGCCACUAUCAAGCUUCUGCUCCCUAACUUCGUUGGUUUUAGAGAUCAGGAUGGAUACACAGCGCUCGCUAUAGCCACUUACCACGGUCACUCAGAUGUUGUCGAGUUCCUUUUCCCUUAUGAGGCCCACAUCUGCACAAAGACUGGCCUCAAUGCUACGAUGAUUGCGGCGAAAAAGAACCGCGUUAAGUGCUUGGAAAUCAUGCAUAGAAUAUGUUCUCACAGUAGCUCACAGCGGCAGUACGAGUAUAUGUUCAACGCACGCGAUAAUGCAGGGAUUCCUGCUAUUGUUCAUGCGGCUGCCAACGAGAGCCUUGAAGCGUUCACAUGGUUAGUAGACAACACUGAAGAGGCUAACGCCCAAUUAGCCCAAGGGACCACUCUCCUUAUGUAUUGUUGCAAGAGGAAUCUCCAUAGCUUUGUGGACGUCUUAGUUCGUCGAAAGAAGGGCCUUGGGCUUCAAGAUCACUGCGGCAGGACCGCACUGAUGAUAGCCGCUGCUUGUAAUCACACUGCCUGUGUCCAGAUGCUUUCUCCAUUUGAAAUAAAGAUUAGAGGAGCAUAUCGCACAACAGCUUUGAUUUCAGCCACUAAGAGCGGUGCAUACGAAGCUGCUGAGUUACUAUUGGAUGAGGCGGGACUGCAAGAAGACGGUGACUAUACAGCGCUGUACUAUGCUGUAGGCGAAUGCCACAAUGAUAGAUUGAUUGAGCUGCUUCUUCCCUACGAAGCAAGUAUAUGUCCGGAGCUACUGGAAGCAGCCGCUGAUCAGUUUUGCCCGAGCAGCUUCGAGGAAAUUUAUGCUAAGCUUCAGGCACACGGGGGCUAA